AUGAGCAGUCUCCCACGUGGUACAGGUCUUAUAGACCAACCAAUACCGUAUUCCUCAGGCCAAUAUCGCGGCUUCACUAUGCGAACUCGCGUUAGGGAACUCCAAAAAGCAGUUCUGGGUCGCAAAUAUGCUAAUGUCGACCGUCGACCUCUAGACCCUCCACCCGUCAUCUCGAUGUCCAUCAGCGCCGUACGCGACGCGGGGACGAGUCGCCAACGCGAGGAGGAGAUUGAGGACUACGGCGAAGUACAGACAGCCGGGCUAAUGUGCACGGUUGAUCUAUUUCCAGUUAUUCCUCCACCUCCAGAACAUCCUCUGACCGAUAUCGUGUAUCGGGAGCGACACACGGGGAUCCCAAUCCUCGAAAGCUCCAAGAUGACAACAUCCCUUGUCGGAGCUACGUUUGUCCAACCCAACCUCAUAGACUGGGAAGGAAAACGCCAGCUCAUGUUCGUGUUUUCCGAUUUAGCCGUACGACAAGAAGGGCAAUUCCUACUCCGCUACCGGGUUUUCGAUCUUUUCGCCCGUGCGCACGGCCAAUCCGAUCUGACUAUACAGGCGGAAUGUUUUGGUGGCGUAUUUCGCGUCUAUUCUACCAAAGAGUUCCCUGGCUUACCGCCUUCUACCGAGUUGACAAAGCAUAUUCAGCGUUAUGGGGUACGUCUUAACGCUAGAGAGACCGAGCGAAAACGCCGGAAACCCAGCGAGAGACCUCCAGAAGAAGCUGGUCAGUCAAAGAAACGAAAACAUGAAGACGGGAGCGAUCCUGAGCCAUAUGAACAUGAUAGUGGAGGUUAAAGUCUUGAACAGUUCCUAUUUUCGUUCGUUGUCGCUAUGCACUAUGUAUUCGUAUCCCCCUCUUUGUAAUACCCAUUAUGCGUGUAAUUCUGUACUAUUUACUUCGAUUCCUGAUGUUCGGCACUUGACUGGGAAAUAAUUACGACUUUGAUGGGCAGUCUUAA